AGCGGACGUAUGCCACCGCGCCCUGCUACCCUCCCAUAAUCAUAAUACUCUCACCACAUUUACUGCGCCAAGCAUGACUGAGCCCGAGCCGCCCUCAGUCGCCGCCCUCUCCGUCGCGGACACUGCGACCCAGCCCGUAUCCAAAGCAACCGAGCAGGAAAUCAAUCCAUGGGACGUGCAAGCCGCCGUUGACGACGACGGCAAUGUCAAAGAAUUCGACUAUGUCAAGAUCUCGCAGCAGUGGGCGACGAAGCUCGUAGACGAUGCACUUCUGGAGCGCUUCGAGCGCGUCACAGGACACAAGCCGCAUCGCUGGCUACGGCGACGAUUGUUCUUCUCGCACCGAGAUCUGGAGCUCAUUCUAGACACAUAUGAGCGAGGAGAAGAUUUCCUCCUCUACACCGGCCGCGGCCCGAGCAGCGAUGCCAUGCACAUUGGCCACACGAUACCUUUCGAAUUCACAAAGUGGCUGCAGGACGUCUUCGAUGUACCACUCGUCAUCAUGUUGACGGACGACGAAAAGUUUCUUUUCAAAGAGAAACUCAAGCAGAGCGAGGUGUAUGAGUUCGCAAGGCAGAAUGCCAAAGACAUCAUUUCUAUCGGCUUCGACGUCAAGAAGACGUUCAUAUACAUCGAUUCCGAAUUCUUAUCAUCAGGCUACAACAGGCACUUCAGCCUUAACGCUACCGAAUUUGAGAAGCUGAUUACGAAUAACCAAGUGCGCGGCGCGUUCGGCUUCCACGGCUCAACGAACAUCGGUAGCAAUGCAUUUGCUGCAAAGCAGUGCGUUGCUGCCUUCGCCUCAUCAUACCCCUUUAUCUGGGGAGACGACAUAAAGACUUAUCACCGCUCAAAGAAGCUGGCAGCCAUACCAUGCCUCAUACCCUGUGCCAUCGACCAAGAUCCGUACUUCCGCCUCGUGCGUGAAAAUUGCAGCAGAAUGGAACUUCCCUCACCAAAGCCCGCGCUCAUCCACUCCAAGUUUUUGACUGCACUACAAGGCGCAGGCGGAAAAAUGAGCGCGUCUGAUCCCAACUCCGCCAUAUUCAUGAGCGACACCGAAAAGCAGGUCAAGAAAAAGAUCAACAACAAUGCUUUCUCUGGGGGCCAAGAGACACUUGAGCUGCACCGCGAGAAGGGCGGCAACCCCGACGUUGAUGUCCCAUAUCAAUACCUCGCCUACUUCGAAGACGACGAUGAGAAGCUCACGCGACUCGCGGACGAGUACCGAAAGGGUGAGCUGUUGACCGGCGAGAUGAAGAAAGAGUGCAUUGAUAUGAUGUCGCAAUACGUCAAAGGGUUUCAAGAAGCGAGGGCGAAGGUCACAGACGAAGAUCUUGAAGAGUUCCUACGGCCACGGAGACUUGAGUGGAAGGGCAACCCGAAUCCCACAAAGCCCAAGGUAGAGAAGGCAGAAGAGAAGACCGAGGGUGCGACCACGCUGGACUCCGAUGGUAAGCCAAUGACAAAGAAUGCCCUGAAGAAGGCAUUAAAGAUGGCGGAGAUAGAGAGGAAAAAGAAGGAGAAGGAGGCUGCGGCUGCUGCGAAGCAAUAGGUGAGCUUGCAGUGCUGCAGUAGACGUAGACGUAAUACAAUAAGAAACUUUCGAUUCCAA